AGCAUACCAGGAGAUCCAGCAGACUGACGUGUGAGCCCUGCCGGAGGGGUCUCAGAGUUUUAAAGCGCCUCAUACUUCAUUUAACCAUUCAAGUAAAUGAAGACGCGUCUCUUUUCCCGUCUUUCCUUUUAUUUCGUACGUGAAUAAAGCAGGAGCGAACUUUUUCUGACGGCGUGCGUUCUGAAAAGUAUCGGCUGGAAGAAUUUAAAAUUGAACGGGAAACUUUCGCUCCGCCACCGUUCUUAGUUAGUUCAAAGCUGGUUUCUGUCCGAAGAAACACGUCUAUCCCUGCCCUUUUCGCACGCGCUUCCAACUCUCAAACUUUCUUUCGUUUUCUUUCCUUCUUUUUUUUCCCCUCAGAAGUGCGUGCGCGCGCGCUUGUCCCACUCCCCCUCGCGCUGUAAAAACUCGCCAAUUGUCGCAUAAAAGGGGGGCACGAGAACUUCGGAAAAACAUGAUGAGCAAUAAUACAUACUACGACCAGCAGCUGCCGCCGCAGUAUUACCAGGGCACCGACAACGGUGAGGACGGAGACGAGGAGAUGCCGGCCACGGAGAAGGACCUGGCGGAGGAUGCGCCCUGGAAGAAGAUCCAGCAGAACACCUUCACCAGGUGGUGCAACGAACACCUGAAAUGCCUCAACAAAAAGAUCAACGACCUGCAGAAGGACCUGAGCGACGGGCUCAAGCUCAUCGGGCUCCUGGAAGUUCUCAGCCAAAAGAAAAUGUACAGAAAGUACCACGCCAGACCCAAUUUCAGGCAGAUGAAGCUGGAGAACGUGUCCGUCGCGCUAGAGUUUUUAGAACGGGAACACAUCAAACUAGUGUCUAUAGAUAGUAAAGCUAUAGUGGACGGCAACUUAAAACUGAUCCUGGGGCUCAUAUGGACCCUUAUCCUGCACUACUCCAUUUCCAUGCCCAUGUGGGAGGAUGAGGACGAUGAAGAUGCCAGGAAGCUGACACCCAAACAGCGCCUUCUGGGCUGGAUCCAAAACAAGGUCCCCCAACUGCCCAUCAACAACUUCCACAGGGACUGGAGAGAUGGCAAAGCCCUCGGUGCCCUGGUGGAUAAUUGCGCACCUGGCCUGUGUCCGGACUGGGAGACAUGGGACCCGAGUCAGCCAGUGGAGAAUGCAAAAGAAGCCAUGCAACAAGCCGACGACUGGCUCGGUGUGCCUCAGGUGAUUGCUCCAGAGGAGAUUGUGGAUCCUAACGUGGACGAGCACUCAGUGAUGACCUACCUGUCUCAGUUCCCCAAAGCCAAACUCAAACCUGGUGCCCCACUGCGAUCUAAAACCCUGCACCCCAAGAGAGCCAAGGCCUACGGCCCAGGUAUUGAGCCCAAAGGUAACGUUGUGUUGAGGCCAGCUGAGUUUGUGGUGGAGACUGUGGAGGCCGGGCUUGGAGAGGUGUUGGUGUACAUUGAGGAUCCAGAGGGCCACACAGAAGAGGCCAGAGUAAUUCCCAACAAUGACAGGAGCAGGAGCUACUCUGUGGUCUAUGUCCCAAAAGUGGAGGGUCUGCAUAAGGUGAAGGUGUUGUUUGCUGGACAGGACAUUGACAGAAGCCCUUUCCUAGUAAAUGUGUCUAAAGCACUGGGAGACCCGAACAAGGUGCAGGCCCGUGGGCCAGGUUUGGAACCGGUGGGCAGUGUGGCCAAUAAACCCACCUAUUUUGACAUCUACACAGCAGGUGCAGGAGCUGGUGAUGUCGGUGUGAUCAUUGUGGACUCUCAGGGCCGCAGAGACACAGUGGAGAUCAUUCUGGAAAACAAGGGCGACAGUGUUUUCCGCUGCACUUACUGCCCCAUUCUGGAGGGCCCUCACACUAUAUAUGUGACAUUUGCUGGCCAGCAGAUACCAAGAAGCCCUUUCACUGUCCACAUCUCAGAGGCGAGUAACCCGAAUGCCUGUCGGGCCAUUGGGCGUGGCCUGCAGCCCAAGGGUGUGCGUGUGAAGGAGGUGGCCGACUUUAAGGUGUACACGAAGGGAGCAGGCAGUGGAGAACUACGUGUUCAAGUCAAAGGGCCGAGAGGUGGCGAUGAGCCUGUGAAGGUGCAAGACCUGGGAGACGGUGUGUACGAAUGUGAUUACUACCCCAUUUUCACUGGAAAAUACAUUAUCACCAUUACUUGGGGUGGCCACGCCAUUCCCCGUAGCCCAUCUGAGGUGAUCAUAAGUGAAGAUGCAGGCCCUCAGAAGGUGAGGGCUUGGGGUCCAGGCCUGGAGACGGGCAUUGUGGGCAAAUCAGCUGACUUUGUGGUCGAGGCCAUUGGCACUGAGGUUGGAACUCUGGGUUUCUCCAUCGAAGGCCCCUCACAGGCUAAGAUAGAGUGUGAUGAUAAGGGAGAUGGAUCUUGUGAUGUUUUGUACUGGCCCACCGAGCCUGGUGACUAUGCGGUCCAUGUCAUUUGUGAUGAUGAAGAUAUCAAAGACAGCCCCUUCAUGGCCCACAUCCUCCCUGCAGCCAAUGACGUCUUCCCUGAGAAGGUUAAGUGCUACGGCCCCGGGCUAGAACCAACUGGGUGCAUUGUAAACAAACCUGCAGAAUUUACAAUUGACUCCAGUGGAGCUGGAAGAGGACAUCUACAGAUUUACGCUCAGGACUCAGAAGGCUUCCCCAUCAACAUCCAGAUCACAGAUAACGGUGACAGCACAUAUUUCUGCGUCUACAUACCCACCAAGCCCAUCAAACACACUAUCAUCAUCACCUGGGGAGAGGUCAACGUUCCCAAUAGUCCAUUCAGGGUAACCAUUGGAGAAGGCAGUCACCCAGAGAAAGUGAAGGUUCAUGGACCAGGAGUGGAGAAGACUGGCUUGAAGGCCAAUGAACCCACAUACUUUACUGUGGAUUGCAGCGAGGCUGGACAAGGAGAUGUCAGCAUUGGGAUUAAGUGUGCUCCUGGCGUGGUGGGACCUGCUGAAGCAGAUAUUGAUUUUUACAUCAUUAAAAAUGACAAUGACACAUUCACAGUGAAGUAUACACCUCCUGGAGCUGGACGCUACACCAUCAUGGUGCUAUUUGCUGAUCAAGAAAUUCCAAUUAGCCCCUUCCGUAUCAAAGUCGAUCCAUCCCAUGAUGCCAAUAAGGUGAAAGCAGAGGGUCCUGGACUCAACAAGACUGGUGUGGAAGUGGGCAAGCCGACCCACUUCACCAUCUACACUAAAGGAGCAGGCAAGGCCACGCCUGAGGUUCACUUCACCACAGCUGGGAAAGGAGAAGCCGUCAGUGACUUUGAGAUCAUUGAUAACCACGACUAUUCUUUCACUGUGCGUUACACUGCAUUACAGCAGGGUAACAUGAGCAUAUCUGUGUGCCAUGGCGGUGACCCCAUCCCCAAAAGCCCUUUUACCAUCACUGUUGCUCCUCCUUUGGAUAUCAACAAAGUCAAAGUUCAAGGACUCAACAACAAAGUGGAUGUAGGGAAAGAUGAGGAGUUUACCAUUAAUACACGUGGCGCGGGAGGUCAAGGAAAGGUGGACGUCAAGAUUACCUCACCUUCUCACCGACCAAUCCCUUGCAAGGUUGAAUCUGGAGCAUCCAGUGAGGUGCACACUGUUAAGUAUAUUCCCCCCGAAGAGGGGCCCUACAAAGUGGACAUCAGCUAUGAUGAAAACCCCGUGCCUGGAAGUCCUUUCACGGUGGAGGGAGUGAUGCCUCCAGAUCCCUCAAAGGUGCGAGCCAACGGCCCUGGCCUAAAGGGAGGUAUUGUGGGUAAACCCGCUCCAUUUGCCAUCGACACCAAAGGUGCAGGUACAGGGGGUCUCGGGCUGACUGUGGAGGGCCCGUGUGAAGCCAAGAUCGAGUGCCAGGACAACGGCGACGGAUCUUGCUCAGUGUCCUAUCUGCCCACUGAGCCUGGAGAGUAUUCCAUUAACAUCCUGUUUGCUGAUGCUCACAUCCCUGGUUCUCCAUUCAAAGCCAUGGUUCAGUCUGUCUUUGACCCCAGCAAGGUCACAGCUAGCGGACCAGGGCUGGAGAGAGGAAAGGUCAACGAAGCUGCGUCGUUCACGGUGGACUGCUCUAAAGCAGGCGAGGCGGAGUUGACCAUUGAAAUUAUUUCAGAUUCAGGAGCGCAGGCUGAGGUUCAUGUGCAGAAUAACAGCGAUGGAACAUAUUCUAUCACCUACAUCCCUCCUUUCCACGGAAUGUACACCAUCACGAUUAAAUAUGGAGGACACGCCGUGCCGAAGUUCCCUGCAAGGGUGCAGGUAGAUCCUGCUCUCGAUACCAGCGGAAUCAAGGUCUACGGUCCAGGAGUGGAACCCAGAGGGGUACUCCGAGAGGUCACUACACACUUUGUCGUUGACACUCGGGUUCACAGCAAGAUGGGUGGAAACCACAUCAAAGUUCGUAUUGUUAACCCAUCAGGUGCCAACACUGAUGCGUUCACCACCGACAAAGGAGAUGGCACUUACAGAGUGGAAUAUACAGCAUAUGAGGAUGGUGUGCAUCUGAUAGAGGUGCUGUAUGAUGACGUACCUGUCCCCAAGAGCCCGUUUAGGGUGGCGGUAACCGAAGGUUGUGAUCCCAGCCGUGUACGUGCCUACGGUCCCGGUCUGGAAGAGGGUCUGGUCAACAAACCCAACCGCUUCACUGUGGAAACCAGGGGUGCUGGCACAGGUGGUCUUGGAUUGGCUAUCGAGGGUCCAUCAGAAGCUAAGAUGUCUUGUAAAGAUAACAAAGAUGGCAGCUGUAGCGUGGAGUAUAUUCCUUUCACUCCUGGAGAAUAUGACGUCAACAUCACUUUCGGAGGUCUGCCUAUCCCAGGUAGUCCAUUCAGGGUGCCUGUGAGGGAGCUGGUGGAUCCUAGUAAGGUGAAGUGUUCUGGUCCUGGUUUGGGCAGUGGAGUUAGAGCCCACGUUCCUCAGACCUUCACCGUGGACUGCAGCAAAGCUGGACUCGCCCCACUGGAGGUGCUGCUGUAUGGACCUACAGGUGUGACAGAGCCGGUGAAUAUCACAGACAAUGGUGAUGGCACACACACGGUGAUCUACACUCCUACUAAAGAUGGACCGUACACUGUGUGUGUCAAAUAUGCAGACCAAGAAGUGCCACGCAGUCCAUUUAAGAUCAAGGUGUUGCCUGCUCAUGAUGCCAGUAAAGUCCGUGCCAGCGGUCCUGGACUGAACGCUUCCGGGGUUCCCGCCAGCCUGCCGGUGGAGUUCACCAUCGAUGCCCGUGACGCAGGCGAGGGUCUUCUUACUGUACAGAUACUGGACCCAGAAGGAAAACCAAAGAAAGCAAACAUUCGAGAUAACAGAGACGGAACAUACACCGUGUCCUACGUCCCAGAUAUGACAGGACGCUACACUAUUACAAUCAAAUAUGGCGGAGAUGAGAUCCCAUACUCCCCCUACCGCAUACAUGCUCUGCCCAGUGGAGAUGCCAGCAAAUGCCUUGUGACAGUGUCGAUUGGUGGACACGGAUUGGGCUCUGGGCUCGGACCUACUAUUCAAAUCGGCGAGGAGACCGUUAUCACUGUGGAUGCAAAGGCUGCUGGGAAGGGGAAGGUCAACUGCAAAGUGUCAACUCCAGACGGGGCAGAGCUAGACGUGGAUGUGGUGGAGAACGCGGACGGGACAUUUGAUAUCUACUAUACCGCUCCAGAACCUGGGAAAUACGUCAUCACCAUCCGCUUUGGAGGAGAGCACAUUCCUAACAGCCCCUUCCAUGUGGUGGCAUCUGAUACCAUCCCUAUAAUCGAGGAACCAUGUGAUAAACUACAGUUACAGCAGCCCUACGCCCCCUACCAGGGCUACACCCCUCACUGGGCCACGGAGGAACUAGUCACUGCAGUGGAUGCCAUGGAGCCAAUGCUUCGCCCGUUCAAUCUGGUCAUUCCAUUUACUGUACAAAAGGGGGAGAUUACAGGUGAGGUACAUAUGCCCUCUGGUAAAACCGCCUGUCCUCACAUCACUGAUAACAAGGACGGGACUGUGACGGUCAAAUAUUCCCCCACCGAGAAGGGCCUACAUGAGAUGGACAUCAAAUAUGACGGGAAUCACAUUCCAGGAAGUCCACUGCAGUUCUAUGUAGAUGCCAUUAACAGCGGGCAUGUGAAUGCAUAUGGCCCUGGUCUGAGUCAUGGCAUGGUCAACAAACCCGCCACCUUCACAAUCGUCACUAAGGACGCUGGAGAAGGUGGUCUGUCUUUGGCAGUGGAAGGCCCCUCUAAGGCAGAGAUCAGCUGUAAGGAUAAUAAAGAUGGCACCUGCACUGUGUCCUACCUGCCAACAGCCCCAGGAGACUAUAAUAUAAUCGUCAAGUUUGAUGACAAGCACAUCGCUGGAAGCCCCUUUACAGCCAAGAUCACAGGUGAUGACUCCAUGAGGACAUCCCAGCUGAACGUUGGCACGGCCACAGACGUGUCACUGAAGAUCACAGAGACGGACCUGAUCUCCCUGACCGCGAGCAUCAGAGCCCCAUCUGGCAACGAGGAGCCCUGCCUGCUGAAGAGACUGCCAAACCGCCACAUCGGAAUAUCCUUCACUCCUAAAGAGGUGGGUGAGCAUGUGGUCAGUGUGAAGAAGAAUGGAAAACACGUGACCAACAGCCCAUUCAAGAUCAUGGUGGGCCAGUCUGAGAUCGGAGAUGCCAGUAAGGUGAAGGUGUUUGGGAAAGGACUGAUAGAAGGACACACCUUUGAAGUGGCUGAGUUCAUCGUGGACACCAGAAGUGCAGGUUAUGGAGGUCUCGGUCUGUCCAUCGAGGGGCCCAGCAAAGUUGACAUUAACUGUUCGGAUGUGGACGACGGAACAUGCAAAGUGACCUACUGCCCAACCGAACCCGGAACUUACAUCAUCAACAUCAAAUUCGCUGACCAACAUGUGCCAGGAAGUCCAUUUACAGUGAAGGUUCUGGGUGAGGGAAGAAUGAAGGAGAGUAUAACCAGAAAGAGGCAGGCGCCCUCUAUUGCCACGGUGGGCAGCACUUGCGACCUCAACCUCAAGAUUCCAGGGAACUGGUUUCAGAUGGUUUCGGCCCAAGAGCGACUCACCCGUACCUUCACACGCAGCAGCCACACCUACACGUGCACGGAGCGCACCGAGAUCAGCAAGACUCGUGCUGGCGAGACCAAACGGGAAGUGCGGGUGGAAGAGAGCACCCAGGUGGGGGGUGAUCCCUUCAGGGAUGUUUUCGGUGGAUUUCUGGGCAGGGAGAAGCUGGGACCCUUCAGCAGUGCCCAGGGCCGACAAUCAGAGGGUGAAUCAGGUACGCAGGAAAUGACCGCACAGGUGACGAGUCCCAGCGGUAACACAGAGGAUGCUGAGAUCAUAGAAGGAGAGGACAGCACCUAUGGUGUGCGUUUUGUGCCUCAGGAGAUGGGCCCCCACACUGUCAAUGUCAAAUACAGGGGACAGCAUGUCCCUGGAAGCCCCUUCCAGUUCACUGUGGGGCCCCUGGGAGAGGGAGGGGCCCAUAAGGUUCGGGCUGGUGGUACUGGAUUGGACAGGGGUGUGGCUGGAGUUCCAGCUGAGUUCAGUAUCUGGACCCGUGAGGCCGGUGCUGGCGGUUUGUCCAUAGCUGUUGAGGGGCCCAGCAAAGCAGAGAUUUCCUUUGAGGACAGGAAGGAUGGUUCCUGUGGGGUGGCCUAUGUAGUACAGGAACCUGGUGACUAUGAGGUGUCAAUCAAAUUUAACGAUGAGCAUAUCCCAGACAGCCCUUUCAUUGUUCCUAUUGCAUCAGUGUCAGAUGACGCCCGCCUACUUACCGUCACCAGCCUGCAGGAGAUGGGUCUGAAGGUGAACCAAGAGGCCUCGUUUGCCGUGCAGCUGAACGGAGCGAGAGGGGCGAUUGAUGCUAAGGUGCACACACCAUCUGGAGCAGUGGAGGAGUGUUACAUCACUGAGCUAGACAAUGAUAAGCAUGCCAUACGGUUUAUUCCACGGGAGAACGGCGUCCACUCCAUCGAUGUCCGUUUUAAUGGGAGUCACAUCCCAGGCAGUCCCUUCAAGAUCCGUGUUGGGGAACCCGGCCAGGCAGGAGAUCCAGGAAUGGUGACGGCUUUUGGGCCCGGCCUAGAGGGGGGAACUACAGGUGUACCCUCAGAUUUCAUUGUAAACACGUGUAACGCUGGCUCAGGAGCUCUGUCGGUCACCAUCGACGGCCCAUCGAAGGUGAAGAUGGAUUGUCAGGAGUGUCCAGAAGGAUACAAGGUCACCUACACACCCAUGGCUCCCGGCAGCUACCUCAUCUCCAUCAAAUAUGGAGGACCGCAGCAUAUCGUGGGCAGCCCCUUCAAAGCCAAAGUCUCUGGUGCACGUCUGUCCGGAGGACACUCUCUACACGAAACAUCAUCGGUUCUGGUGGAAACGGUGAUGAAAUCAUCAUCGUCAGUGGCCGGAUCUUUCUCUACUCUGCCAAAGUUCUCGUCCGACGCCAGUAAGGUGAUCUCCAGGGGGGCCGGACUCUCCAAAGCCUUCAUUGGCCAGAAGAACGCCUUCACGGUGGACUGCAGUAAAGCAGGGACAAACAUGUUAAUGGUAGGAGUGCACGGGCCAAAGACUCCCUGUGAGGAAGUGUACGUCAAACACAUGGGCAACAGAAUGUACAAUGUCACAUACACAGUGAAGGAGAAAGGCGACUACAUCCUGAUAGUCAAAUGGGGAGAAGAAAUGGUGCCCGGAAGCCCUUUCCACGUCACUGUGCCUUAAAGACUGUCUUUAAACCCUCUCCACUAUGCAAAGACUCUACUGAUCAUCCUGGGAGAGACGGGACUCACCGACAAUGCCUUUUCAUGACAUAUUAAUCAAGAAAACGUCUUUGUCUUCUUUAUCUGCAUACGCUUUAUCCAAAGUCCAUUAUGUGCUCAUUUCACACUCGGAAAUGUACCGUCAUUUUUUUGUAUUUUAGAUGUUGUGAGACUAGAGAAUGUUUGAUGGAGAAGAGAAGUGAAUGAUGAAAUACUAAUUUGAAGAUGCUACAUGCUAAAGACACAUCCAUCUUGUUACCAAAAUUACUGUCCGGACCAUUUACAGACAUAAUUUACCACUAAAACUGGUCUUAUUUUUAUGAUGGAAUAACACGAUCUAGUCUGGACUAGGUUUGAAGCCGGUCCUGAUCAAAGGCUUAGUUUGAACAGAGAAAGCCUGAUGUUUAAGUCCUAGUGAACCAAGUUCAGACUCACACUGGGUCUAAACCGGUCCUGGGUGGCCCAGCAACCCUGCAGACUGGGUUGUGUGAUUGGUUAGAUUGUUUUUUGUACCAAACGGUGUAGCAAAAACCGUUCAGCAUGUGAAUGUUUGAAAUCCCACAGUUUUUACAGUGACUAUGUUAAAGAGCAACAUUUUAUAGUGAUUUUAUAUCUAUGAAUUUAAAAUAGAAAUGUAUGGAGAGACACUAAUUGUUUGAUAUUUUAAUCUACUGUUUGGUAAAACUGUGCUGGCAUAUUAAAGUUUUAAUUGCUAACGUGCUGUUUAUUGAUGUCCAUUUGCCUAUUAUAUUAUUUAACAGGGACAGUGCAUAUUAAUAAACAUUACUGUAAAUACACUACAGUUUGCCAAAAGCCAUUUUCAUCUGUAGUCCAUAGACAUGUUACACCCUAAAACAUAAUUCAAAAUAUAAA